ACUUGCCCCCACAUAAUACAUUGUGUAACAUUUAUAUAAGAAAUAUGUCAAGGAGUUUAGAGAUUACUAUUUUAUCAGCAGAGGAUCUUAGAGUGAACAAAAAAUCUAUAAAGAAGAAUGCAUUUGUGACGCUUAAAACCGACGCAAGCAGUGCCGUGAGGACAACUAGAAUGGACGUCAACGGCGGAAGCUAUCCGACAUGGAAUGAGAAGGUUAUAAUGGACGUGCCAUUGCAUGCAAGUUUCAUAACUUUGGAGGUGAAUUACAAAGCAAUGAUGGGAAUCAAUAGUGUUGGAAUUUCAAGGAUACCAAUUUCGGAUAUAGUAGGAGGCUAUGUCCCUCAAAAUCAAGUGCAAUUUUUGAGCUAUAGGUUAUGGGAUAGAAAAAUUAAGAGAAAUGGGGUUAUCAAUUUUUCGGUUAGGCUGGUGGUGCCGCCGCCGGAGGAUUGGCCGGCGAGUUACGAAAUCAAACAAGCAAAGGAAGAAAUGAAGAUGAGUUCUAGUGGAUUAUUUGAGCAUGACCAAGUUAUGGAGUCUAAAGUGAAUCAAAAUAAUCCAAAAAAUAAUGUUAUAUGUGUUCCGGUUUGGUUGAGACAUUGUAUUAGUUUUUUUAAAUUUUCUUUUAUUUUUGGAUUUGUAUAUAAGAAGAAUAAGAAGAAGGUGUGUGAUUGAUAUAUUAUAAUAGAUAUAGAAUCAAUAAUAUGGAGUUGAACUAUAAAUAAUAGGUGAAAAUUCAGAUGCAGUUAACUUCACG